AACAGGAGUUGCACAGUGAAACACGUGUUUGCAUUGAAAUGAUAUCAGAAUUAAUUUUCGAAAAUUAGAAUUGGGCUGAAUAGAAUAGCUAACGCUGGAUAGUUUGAGCUGUCUACUGUGCUAGCACGGAUCCUUGUGAUGCUAACUGGUACACUGUUAGCUGCAGUCUAAUGGAGUUUCUCUUGUAUUGGCAUGUCUAGGUAGACUAGCUGUCUCUAAGUCAAUAUGGUAGUGUUGAUGUGACAUCCAUGGAGCCGAAGAUCUCAGCAGCAGUGGUGGUUACCGCAGUACCUCCAUAUGGACAUGUGAUCAUCAACGCUAAGUGGAGAGGAUCCACACUAGUGCAGCAUUUUAAAGGGAGUGUGAAGGCUGUCUUUGAGGAGGAGCUUGGUGUUGUGGACCUUCACCUCAGUAACAAAAGCUGUGUCCUGUAUGUGUCCGAGAUUGAUCUGGUGGCAGGGAACGACUACAAAAGAAAAAUCGUUCGAUUCCGAAACGCCAAUAGUAACUUCCAUGGGAUUGUCUUGGUGGAGAAGACUCGUCUCAGUGAGCAGUACUUUAGUGGACUGCAGAAGUUUGUGGUGUUGGAGCUGGGCCUGACCCUGUUACAUGUCUCUAGUCCUUGUGAGGCAGCUCAACUUAUUGCACAAAUGGUGCAUGGAGAAAGCAAGGAGAACCCGUUCCGCAGAAGAAGCACAGCCAGAUUGUUGGACCCAGUGGUGUUGAACCUGGUACAGCAGAUCCCUGGGGUUGGCAAGGUAAAGGCCAUGGCCCUACUCCAGCACUUCCCUAGCAUCCAUAUGAUCAGCAAUGUCUCUGUUGAGGAACUGGAGCCUGUUGUUGGACAGGCCACUGCUCAGCACAUCUGGGCUUUUUUUCAUGAUGUACUUUCAUGAUAUUCUGCCAUGUGCCAUGGUGCAAAGACUUUCACACACUACUUUCUUGCCAUGUCGAGACUCUAAUUCAAAUCAAACAUUUACUUCAGUCAAAUGGCAUUUGUUUUCAUUUUGUUCCAAAAUGUUGUUCUUCAGUAUAAUUAAUAAUAAUUAAAAAAAAAAAAACCUCA